AUGGAUUUGACUCACGGAGUGGUAGGCCUGGCAGAGCACAAGCUGAGUGGUAUCGGGAAGAGCUGCAGUAGGCUGGUUCUUGUCGAGUGCGCCGUCCUCAGUGGCAGCAGUGCUGUUGGCUCGCACAUCAAUGGUGGCAUUGCCGUUGCCACUGACAGCCUGGUUAAGGCUGAGGUAGGUGGUCUUGUAGCCGAUGUCAAUCUGGGCCAGGCGGGUUUGGAGCUUGGGUGCGAUGUCGGUACUGUUGGUGGACUCGGCCAGGGCGGGAAGGGCCAUGCAGGCGGCGACGAGGAAGUUCUUUAG